GUAAAAAGAAUGGUUGGAAACUGAUGAGAAAGCAGAGGCAACGUAUAACGUAUAACACUAUUAAAGGUACAAACUACAAAAAAAAAGAAAGAGAGGUUCGUUUUCGUUGGUGUUUGUGAAAUGUGGGUGGAGGGUGCCGUUGAUUGUACGCCAUUUUUAUGACUUCACCACAAGAAAAUUCUAGAAUCCCCACAUUUUUAUGACUUUCUCCUCUGUCUUUUCUCUUCACAAAUUCCAUAUAUAAAUAUAUAUAUAUAUAUUUUUUUAAAAUAAUAAACAAAUAAAGUAUUCCACCAAAUUUUUUUCUUUUUAUUUUUCUGCAUUACACAUAGUUGUGGGGAAUAUAUUCUAAUCCUUCCCUACAGGAUUUUGGCCUUCAAUCCGUCAAUAUAACACAACGCCCAACUAUCAAUCAAUCAAUUUUUACUAUAUCCUCUGCUUCUUUUCCUUCUCCUUCUUCCUCUUUUAUCUCUGCAUUAUUCCAUCCACACCCUUCUCCUCUAUCUCCAUAUUCUUCCGCAUAGCUCAGGUUCUGAUCUGAAGUUGUAGGCUAUUAGCGUAUUAGCUAUGGCUUCCAAACGGAUAUUGAAGGAGCUGAAGGAUUUGCAGAAGGACCCUCCUACUUCAUGCAGUGCCGGUAAGCUUGGCUUCUUCUUGAUGUCAUGCAUAAGUUUUUCAUUUGGUGGAUAGAUCAAGCACUCACCUUUCCCUUAUAAAUUUAUUCCGUUAUUUGACAGCUUAUCAUUCAUGGGAUAUUGAUGAAAUCCUAUAAAGUUGUAGCCUUUAGGACAUUGUAGAUGUUUUGGGAUGAGGAGACUGCUAUAAUCCUGAUUUAAUUGGGCCUUAGGAAGAUUGCUCAUUUUUUAAUUAUUAUGAUUGUCUGUAAUUUUGGAGGCCUGAUAUAAAUUUCUCAGAUCCUUUAAUACCAUCAAAUUUACCUUCCUUAACUUUGGGACUUUCCUUGAGAUUGUAGAGUAGCAUAGCUUGUAUAAUUUCUUGACAGCGUCUUGUAGUAAAACUACAAUAUGCCUAAGGAUCUAAUUGAGGCUAAAAGGAAUAUAAAAUUUGCUUUUGGAUUUCAAAUUUGUGUUCCUUUCAUAAGCUGAGGCGUAAAGGUUUUGUCUUCAUGAUACCUCAGUAAGCUUCUUCAUAUUUCUAUAGGAUUGAUGCAGCUCUCCCCUGAGGUCUCUAGAUGUUUAGGUUCCAUUACAACCUUCAAAGAUAUUGCUCAUAGAAGGAUAUUCGAAGAUAUUGAUCAUAGGAGGAGUUGUGUUCUCCUAUUGUACUUUAAAAUUGUUCUUUUCUAAUUUCUUUCCACUUGGAGUGAUCAGAAUUUCAGUUUGUUCUCCUCCUAUAUUUAGAUGUCACGUUAACCAUUCCUGUAUUAGUUUCCACUCCCAGGACGUAAGAAGUCUUACAGAUCUAUGUUCUUCUAUAGUUAGAUGUUUUGGAAAUACCUCUAUCCUGUGAUUGCUCUAUGUCAGUUGCUUUAGAUUUCCAUUAUAUAAUUUCUUAGAUGUUCAUGAGCAGAAGUUUUUAGAUUUAUCUUCAAAGUGGUGUUAAACUGACGCAGGUCCAGUGGCCGAGGAUAUGUUCCAUUGGCAGGCAACCAUAAUGGGACCUGCCGAUAGCCCUUAUGCAGGUGGCGUUUUUCUAGUUUCCAUUCACUUCCCGCCAGAUUACCCUUUUAAGCCUCCAAAGGUUGCAUUUAGGACUAAGGUAUUCCAUCCAAACAUCAAUAGCAACGGAAGUAUCUGUCUAGAUAUUCUUAAAGAGCAGUGGAGCCCAGCACUAACCAUCUCGAAGGUUCUUCUGUCAAUCUGUUCAUUGUUGACUGACCCGAACCCAGAUGAUCCCCUAGUACCCGAGAUUGCCCAUAUGUAUAAGACUGACCGGGCCAAAUACGAAGCCACUGCCCGGAGCUGGACACAGAAGUACGCAAUGGGUUAAAACCCCCUGAAUUCACCAGGGCGCAGUCGGGGUGCAUGCCUGGGGAAACUUUGUAACCUUUUUAAGUCUUCUUCAAUUGUGCUUGGUUGGAAGGAAAAAAAAAUAAAAAAAUUCAUGGUUAAGACGCUUUAAUUAAAUUAUCCUCAAAACAAGGUUGGCAAGGAACUUGAUUUCUUAAUGUUGUGAAUAUUGAUUUGAAGACUAUUGUUUUAGAGGAAAGCAGAAAUUUGUAAUGUAAAAUGAUAAUUUUGGUGUUGCUCAUCAGGUCAAAAGUGGCGUUUUUCAGUCUGUUGUUCAUUUUCAAUUUCCAGUGGCUUCUUACCUAACUGUACUAUACGGAUGAUAUAUAAAUCACACGUUAAAGUGCCGAAACUGGUUGACAUUCUGGUAUGGAUCGUUGAAGAAUCUUGGCACCCUAACGAGCCCAUCCUUCUUCUCCACUGACAGAUUUUCAGCAAUACAAAUCAAAUUUUCGUGGUUUGAAUUCUCUCAUCGACGAAGGCAUAUGACUCAUAUAAUGGAGCUUAGUGUAUUUAUUGCAAGAUUCGAUCAAUUUCAGCAGUUGUAUUCCAAAAGGAACUCCUCAUAUUUGAAAUGUUUUGGGGGCUACUUGUUGGUGGCUAGACUGCUGUUAAUAUUAAAGGCACGAGUUAUUAGUACCAAUACUUU